AUGGCUGUAGUUAAGAAGAAGAGGUAUUUAAGCAAGUCUCUGAAGAACGGCAGAGCAGCUCGUGUCCAGAGGAAUAGGACUGAAUAUGCAGGCAUCAAUGGGAGUAGUUUACUGUCGGGGUCUAUGGAGCUCCUAGAGGUGGAUGAGGAGUCCCAAAGUUUAGUGAUGGGGGAUGAUGAGAGUGUAGCGGAGUUUGAACAGAGGCGGCUGGCUGCGGAGUCCAUGAACGCGAUAACGCAUGAUGAGAGUGAUACUAUAUCGUUUCGUAACUACCUUCUGGCGAAUUACCUGCGUGGUGCUAACUAUUUCAACGCGCUCACGAUACAUAAUGUUCCAGUAUCCAGGAUCAAACCGCCUAAGCUGUUUCAAUCGCCAAUAUCCCUGAUGGAGUUGAAAAAGAUGAUCGAGUUACAAAAAGCAGGAAUAGGUAAAAUCAAAGCUGUCAUGGACACAUGGAUAAAGGAAAGGGAGUCGAUGGUGAGCACUGAACAUACCAAGUUUUACAAAUCACGAAUGAAAGUGUUGGAUACAGAUGGGCUUGAAGGUAUACACCACGUGGUAAAAAACAUCGAAUCUAGACUUGGAGGCAGACUACAGGAUAGAGCUUACCAUCUCUACGAUCCGGAAGUAUUUGGAACUAAAUUUAGAGGCGAUAUGAGAGAAGCUCCAGAAGACUAUUGGGAAAAGUACCCAGAACUGGUAAAAGAACGUAAAGAAAAGGAGGCAAAGAUGUUGAGAGAAAAGGAGGAAGAGGAACUUCGGAAGAAAGAAGAAGAAGAGAGGAGAAAGCGUGAAGAAGAAGAGGCUAAACAACGGCAACAAUUGGAAGAUGACCAAUUGAAGAGAAAUCAACAACCUUCCGAAACACCUUCGGGAGCAUUACCUCUGCAGAUUACGGUUCCGUUAAGUGGUGCUGAAAAUUCUUCUGGUGGACAUACACCAGCACCAGGAAUGGUCACAGCCUCUAUGGGAAACAGCAGUGAUAUUGGUCUUGGCACAGACCAACAGCCACAGCCAUUACCUGUUACCCAGGAGCCAUUGUUGAACGUUGCAUCCGCUCAGAUACCACCACAAGACCAAGCUCAGGAUAUCGAGAAUGUAUUUGGCGAAUACGAGGCCGAACCAUUCAAUACCGGAUUUGACGACGAGUUUGCUGAUCUAGACAAUGUAUUCUUCUAA